AUGGCUCUGCCAACUCGUAAUCUCACCCUUUCAGGUGGUGAAGUAAUAACAAUUUACAAUGAGCAGGCGGUAGAAGAGUGUAUCAAGACGACAGCUGGAAGAGAUCGGUCGGCGAUUGUCGAUGACGCCGUUUUGGUGGCUCUGUCUUCGGAAAAUGACGUCGUUGCUGGUGUGAUCGAGGGCGGUUUUACUAUAUGGGAAGGCACAUGGCACCUCCUCGAGCAUUUAAAGCAAGAGUCCGUUGAUUUUGCUGGAAAAUCGGUUCUUGACCUUGGUUGCGGAGGCGGUCUUUUGGGCCUCUUCGCUCUUUUGCACGGUGCCAGUUCUGUUACAUUCCAGGAAUACAAUGAGGUUAUUCUUAAGGCAUGGGUGAUUCCCAACGUGACCCUGCUUCAGAAAGAGUUUUCGGAUCGGACUUCUUUCAUCUCUGGUGAUUGGGAAGAUCUUGCCAAAUUCUGGAUGGCAAACGAAACAACAUUUGACAUAGUUCUCAGCGCGGAGACCAUCUACCGACCUGAGUUGUACUCCAAGUUACACACAGUGUUGGAGGCCAUUUGCGCCCCCUCUGAUGGCGGCAGCAUCGUCUACUUGGUGAGCAAGUUGAAAUACUACGGCCCCGGUGGAGACGCGUGCGAUUUUGGCGCCUUUCUAGACCGUAACGGAGUAUUUAGUUACAAACUCAUCCAACUAACCACUAAGGGAACUUCCUUUGUGUGCUUCGAAAUAAAGAGAAAAUCUUGA